UGUGUUUGAGUGUGUGUGUGAGAUCACAUCUGUAUACGCUUGGUUGCCAUUCGAACUCUGGAUCUAUUUCUUUGCUUUUUCAUCCGGUCUCUGGGGUCAGUAGUGAUAAGUAGUGAUCUGUGGGGGUCAGUGGUGAUCAGUAGUGGUCCGUGGUGAUUGGUGGGGGUCAGUAGUGGUCAGUAAUGGUUCUGGCUGUGGGUGAAUCCUUCUCAAACGGAGCCGAUUCACCUCCGGAUGCGGGGGGUACCGGCGAGGGGGCGGACUCUUCCAAAGCUAUGCAGCAGGUGCUGGAGAACCUGGGGGAGCUGCCCCCCUCCACCGGGGCCAAAGACAUCGACCUCAUCUUCCUCAAAGGCAUCAUGGAGAGCCCCAUCGUCCGCUCCCUCGCCAAGGCUCAUGAGCGUUUAGAGGAUGUUAAGCUGGAGGCGGUGCAGGAGAAUAACGUGGAGCUGGUAACUGAGAUACUGGGAGAUAUCAGUGGACUGAGCGUUCGAGACGACAGCGCUGCAGAACUCUCCCGUAUCCUACAGGAGCCUCACUUCCAGUCUCUCCUGGAGGCCCAUGAUAUGGUGGCAUCUAAAUGCUAUGAGGCUCCGCCCCCUUUAGAGAUGAACAACGAUGCAGCUGUGAACAACGCCCUGAUGCAGGCAGACGCAGUCCGGAUGAUCGGCAUCCGCAAGAAAGCAGGAGAGCCUCUAGGUGUUACGUUCCGAGUGGAGAAGGAGGAUCUGGUGAUCGCUCGGAUUCUUCACGGGGGGAUGAUAGACAGGCAGGGGCUGCUGCAUGCGGGGGACGUUAUAAAGGAGGUGAACGGGAAGGAGGUGGGGAAUAAUCCCACUGAACUGCAGGAGAUGCUGAAGGACUGCAGUGGAGGAAUCACCCUCAAAAUCCUGCCCAGCUACAGAGACGCCCCCUGCCCUCCACAGGUUUACGUCCAGCCUCACUUCGACUACAAUCCAGCCAAUGACAAUCUGAUCCCGUGCAGGGAGGCGGGGCUUGGCUUCCAGAGAGGAGAUAUUCUGCAGAUCGUGAAUAGAGAAGAUCCGAACUGGUGGCAGGCGUGUCAUACAGUGGGAGGAGCUACAGGACUUAUUCCCAGUCAGUUUCUGGAGGAGAAGAGGAAAGCUUUCGUUCCAAAGGACUGGGAUGGAACAGGGAUCCUGUGUGGGACGGUCAGUGGUAAGAAGAAGAAGAAGAUGAUGUACCUCACAGCUAAGAAUGCAGAGUUUGACAGGCAUGAGCUGCAGAUCUAUGAGGAGGUGGCGUGUAUGCCCCCGUUCCAGAGGAAAACGCUGGUUCUGAUUGGAGCACAGGGAGUCGGGCGGCGCAGCCUGAAGAACCGGCUGAUGGUGAUGCAACCCACCCGCUACGGAACCACGGUACCAUUCACGUCUCGGCGGCCGAGGGACGAUGAGCAGGAUGGUCAGACGUAUCAGUUCGUGUCUCGGAUGGAGAUGGAGAUGGAUAUUAAGGCGGGGCGUUAUCUGGAGCACGGCGAGUACGACGGCAAUCUGUACGGCACCAAGAUCGAGUCCAUCCACCAGGUGGUCAAAAACGGACGCACCUGCAUCCUGGAUGUGAAUCCUCAGGCUCUGAAGGUUCUGAGAACAGCAGAGUUUAUGCCGUACGUGGUUUUCGUCGCUGCUCCUGAGUUUGAUACUCUGAAGGAGAUGCACAAAGCUGUAGUAGAUGCUGGAAUCACCACUAAACAGCUGACGGAUGUGGAUCUGAAGAAGACGGUGGAUGAGAGCGCUCGUAUCCAGAGAGCUUAUAAUCACUACUUUGAUCUGACCAUCGUCAAUAAUAACCUGGACGCUGCGUUUGAGACGCUACAGGCCAGACUGGACAAACUGUUCUCAGAACCGCAGUGGGUUCCCGUCAACUGGGUCUACUGAACCGGCUCCAGCUUUCAGAGUACGACUGUGUGUGUGUGUUGGCACAGACGUGAUGUGGGCGGGGCUGAAGGAAGUAAUCCGUUCUGACCGACCAACUGUGUGAGAGCCACAUCCUCUUUCCAGCUUCCCUUAAGCCCCGCCCACUCUCUCCGUGCACGCGAUGCAAUUUUUUCUACUGGAACUCAAAGGGAAGAGGACCUAUUUAUUUUGAUAUUUGAACAUUUUCAAGGAUAACUUUCUAUUCGUUCCAUCGUUAUAAAAGAGAGAAAAGACCCGGGUGUGAAGAUGCAGAGGCUGUGUUUGUAAUUUAUUGGUUAAUUGGUCUUUUUUUUAAUGUGCAGUUGUUCAUUUUGGUCGUUGUUUUACUUGUUUCUUUGUUUCUUUGUUUGUUUGGCUGUUUUUGUGUUUGUUCACACCUUUUUAAUUGAUUUGUAAUCAGAGUAGGAUUGUACUGUGGCGUCUGGCAAAUUCUAGAUGAUGACGAAAAGGGCUCUACUAGAACACUGUGGUUGUGUUUUAGGCCCCGCCCACAUGUAUUUGGAUAUAUUAAAGAUCAAAGAUAUAUUAUACCUAUUUUUACACGACUAAGAAUAGAUUUACAUUCUAUACACAACACAAGCUCUGUUCUUACAAGUUUUAGUCUCUGUCACUUUUAUGCAAAUCAGCUGUUGCUAGCCACGCCCCAUGUUUAUGCUAACUGUUUACCACACAUUAGCGUUAGCUUGUGCUAAAAGGCAAAAACACAAACAAGCUAGUUUUUGCUUAACUGUGAUAGAACCACAAAACAUUAUUACAUCUCCUUCAUCUGCUGACCUACCACAGACAGUAGAUACAGAUCCCUCCCUCAAACAAAGUCUGUUGGCUCAUCCAGCUCUGUAUUGUCCAAAGUUCUGAUCUAGUAAUCAACUAAUCUCCUAUACAUAUAAAAAAGCUGAAUGUCGAAUGAAAAUAGAAUAUACUUUACACUAUUAAUUGUUCACUAUUUUUUAUCAGAUUUUGUCAAUGGAUUAAAAAUGUUUCUGAAUAAGUUAGACUUCCAUUUUCCAUUCAGAGCUCCAUGCAAAAACUGACCUCAUGGGGUCAGGAUGAUUUUUGAGAAAGGUAAAGUGUCAGUCCAGCAUUACAUGGGAGGAAUUUGUUAAUGAUCUCAAGGAAGCUGGGAGCACAGUCACCAAGAAAACCAUUAGUAACUCACUAAGCUUGCUGGUUGUGCCAAGAGUGAAUGAGGGUGAUAUGGAGACCUGUGCAAGCACAGUAGCCAGAACAAAUAAAAAAUCAGAUUUUUUGAUGCAUUUUUGAGCCAAAGGCUACAAACUGUUCACUGAAUCAGAUUAUAAGAUUAAAUCAGAUUAUCAGAUUUUAUUAGUGAUGUAGAGAAAUUUUUCAGAAUCAGUACUUUGACCUUUAUUUUGCGGUAUUUUAUCAUCUCCCCUUUUAGAGCUCUAUGCAAAAGAUAACCUUGUGGGAUAAGGAAUUACAUGGGAGGUGUUUGUUAAUGAUCUCAAGGGAGCUGGGAGCACAGUCACGAAGAAAACCAUUAGUAACACACUUCCCCAUAAUGGACAGAGCUUGCUGGUUGUGCUGAGGGUGGGGGAGGGUGACGUGGAGAUCUGCGCAAGUGCAGCAGCCAGAACAAACCCAGCAAUCUGAUUUUUUGCACAUUUUUGAGCCAAAUAAAAUGAACUGUGCAAAACAGUAAUGAGACAUUAAUUUUCCUGUAUGUUUCCUCUUCCAAUUCACAGAGAUGGGACACUGGUCUUGUGUAAUGGCUCUUAUAUAAGGACUUUAAUAUAACGCUCUGUUUAGAAUUGGAUGUUAUAACUUUCUGACUUUGAUAGUACACUACUUAGUAUGUAAAUAGUAUGAAAAACGGAUAAAUAUCCAGAUACGUGUGGACGAGGCUCAAAUCUCCAUGUUUUUGUUCUCAGAAGUGAAGAGACCAGCUCUUAGCCAAAGUCCCGACCUGCACACUAAGUGUAAAACUGUGUAUUAAAGCGUUUAGAUCCUGAUAUAAAGAAUCUGUUUACAAAACCUCAGUGUUUUUACUGCUUUUCCACCACAUAUAUCAUAUCUCUGCCACAUAUCCUUAAUAUAAGUGUAUUGUGAACCCAAUGUGCAAAAUGUGUUCUGUCUUUAUAAUCAGCCUGUCUUAUAUUUUCUUUAUGUUGAGUUAAAAAUGCAUUUUUUGUCUGUUUUUUAAAGAUGUGUUCAGCUCUAAAGGCUGUUCUGUAUCUGUAGUAAAAACUAGCUGUGUUUUACACUGUGUGUCAUAAACGCUGCCUCAGCAGAGUCGUAUGGUCGUGUGUUAAGCAAGACUGGUCAGUUUUUCCAGUGUUUCCAGAGUCCCACACUGUGUCAAAAUCACCCCAGAGGAAACGCAAUAAACUUACUGAAGAUUUUACCCUUUUUU